GUCCGCGAGGCCGCCGCGCGUUACGGUCGUGCGAACGAACCGCGAAGACGCGGUCGCGUGCUAUUGCAAUCAUUCAUACGUCUAAAUAACUAUAUCAAUACUUGAAUACCUAUUCAUAUAGCUGCAUAACCUCUAAUGUAUGAUAUUGUGUGGUUUUUGUGUCAGUGAAUCUGUUUCGGAGACGAAUAACAAGGAGAUGGCCAGCUGCUAAACAGGAAGAGCGAAGUUUCGGGCGAGUGGAGUGAGCGCCCUGCACCAUGACUAAGAAGUUCGAGUUCAACUGGCAGAUACCAGUGCCGGAACCACUGCUGCAGGGUGCGACCUUCGACCGCUGGACGGAGGAGAAGGAUAACACGGAGUUGGAGCUGAACUGCCUGUUCAAGGUCGACGAGUAUGGCUUCUUCAUCUACUGGAAGAGCGAGGGAAAGGAUGGAGACGUGAUUGAGCUUUGCCAAGUGAGCGACGUGAGGUCUGGGGGAGUGCCAAAGGAUGCCAAACUCAACGACAAGCUAGAAAAGAAACACGGCAAAGAUCUGGAAGAGAAAUCGUUAACAAUAUGCAGCGGCACCGACUACAUCAACAUCAACUACCAGCACGUCGUCUGCGCGGACGCGAACACUGCCACGGUAUGGUUGCAAGGGCUGAGAAAGAUCACACACAAUGUGAAGGCCAACAAUGUGUGUCCAAUGACAUGCCUCAAGAAACAUUGGAUGCGCUUGUCUUUCCUAACGGAUCCAAAAGGCAAAGUUCCAGUAAAGGUGGUUGCACGAACAUUCGCUUCGGGCAAGACGGAGAAGCUGGUCUACCAGUGCCUGUCAGACCUGGGCCUGCCCUCGGGGAAGAAUGAAGCCAUGGAGAAGGAAGCUUUCACCUUUGACAAGUUCUACGCCCUGUACCAUAAGAUUUGUCCGAGGAACGACAUUGAGGAACUGUUUAGAUCGAUCACGCAAGGCAAGUCAGACCGCAUCAAUCUGGAGCAGUUCGUGAACUUCCUGAACGAGAAGCAGCGGGACCCGCGCCUCAACGAGAUCCUCUACCCGCUGUACGACGACAAGCGCGCGCUCGAGAUCAUCAACGACUACGAGCAGGAGGAGGAUGCCAAGACUGCCAAAUGUCUCACAAAAGACGGGCUCAUCCGGUACCUCAUGUCUGACGAGAACGCGCCGGUGUUCCUCGACCGCCUGGACUUCUACAUGGAGAUGGACCAGCCCUUGUCGCAUUACUACAUCAACUCCUCACACAACACCUACUUGUCCGGGAGACAGUUCGGCGGCAAGAGCUCCGUGGAGAUGUACCGACAAGUCUUGCUGGCUGGAUGCAGAUGCGUAGAACUGGAUUGCUGGGACGGCAAAGGGGAAGACGAGGAGCCAAUCAUCACCCACGGCAUGGCCAUGUGUACCGACAUACUGUUCAAAGACGUGAUCUACGCGCUGAGAGACACGGCCUUCGUGACGUCAGACUACCCCGUCAUCCUGUCCUUUGAGAACCAUUGCUGCAAGGCGCAGCAGUACAAACUAGCCAAGUAUUGCGACGAGAUCCUCGGGGACUUGCUGCAGAAGGAGCCUUUGCCUGACUAUCCAAAAAACCGUUGCUUCCAGCUGGAACCUGGCCAGCCCCUGCCGCCUCCCUCGCUGCUGAAGCGCAAGAUCAUGAUCAAGAACAAGCGCCUCAAGCCUGAAGUGGAGAAGCAGGAGUUGGAGCUGUUCCGACAAGGGCAGUUCGUUAUUGAGGAUGAGGUGAAGGAAGACGCUUCUGCUGUCGUCUUGCCUGAGAAGAAAGUUGAAGAAGAAAUAGUAGCAGAGGCGGCAGCUACAGGAGACGGCGACGCCCCGCCACCCGUACAAUACACAGGAUCAACCACCAACGUGCACCCCUGGCUAUCAUCGAUGGUUAACUACGCGCAACCCAUCAAAUUCGUGAGCUUCGAGGAGGCUGAGAAAAAGAACAUCCACCACAACAUGUCCUCGUUCGCGGAGACGACCGGCAUGAACUACCUCAAGUCGCAAGCCAUAGACUUCGUCAACUACAACAAGCGGCAGAUGUCCAGAAUCUAUCCCAAGGGCACACGCGCUGAUUCCUCCAACUACAUGCCUCAGGUGUUCUGGAACGCGGGCUGCCAGAUGGUGUCCCUCAACUUCCAGACCUCCGACUUGCCGAUGCAGCUGAACCAGGGCAAGUUCGAAUACAACGGCAAUUGCGGCUACCUGCUCAAGCCGGACUUCAUGCGGCGCGCCGACCGCAGCUUCGAUCCCUUCGCCGACGCGCCCGUGGAUGGCGUCAUCGCUGCGCAGUGUGGUGUGCAGGUCAUAGCCGGGCAGUUCUUGUCAGACAAGAAAGUGGGCACAUACGUGGAAGUGGACAUGUACGGGCUGCCAACCGACACCAUCCGUAAGGAGUUCCGUACGCGCAUGGUACCCGCCAACGGACUGAACCCGGUCUAUAAUGAGGAACCCUUCUUGUUCCGAAAGGUCGUAUUACCAGACCUGGCCGUGCUCCGCUUCGGCGUGUACGAAGAGAGCGGCAAGCUGCUCGGCCAACGCAUCCUGCCGCUGGACGGCUUGCAGGCUGGCUACCGCCACAUCUCGCUGCGGACGGAGGCCAACUUCCCCAUGUCGCUGCCCAUGCUGUUCUGUAAUAUUGAGCUGAAGAUCUACGUGCCUGAUGGGUUUGAAGACUUCAUGGCUGCCUUGUCCGACCCUCGAGCAUUCAUGGGGGCGGCCAAGGAACGAACGGACAACAUGAAACAGAUGGGCAUUGAGGAAAGUGGUCCAGAGAAGAAGGCGCCGGUUGAGGAGAAGAAAGAAGAGCCUCUAGUCUUCGAGCCAAUUACAGUGGAGUCGUUAAGGCAAGAGAAGGGUUUCUUGAAGACAGGCAAGAAACAGCAGAAAGAUCUAGAUGUGAUGAAGAAGCGCCACGCCAAGGAGAAGAUGACACUGCAGAAGCAGCAGUGUGCUGCGCUAGAGAAGAUGAUCAAGGGCAAGAAUAAGGAGCAGUUAAGCGCCGACGCGGCCUUCCGUACAUUGGUCGGGGAGCAGGCGGGCGCGUGGGGCGAGCUAGUGCGAAAACAACGUGCUGAGAUGUGUGCGGCCGCCAGGACCAGGCUGCACGAGCAGCGGGAUAUGCUCAAGAAGUUCUGCGAGCAGGCGCAGCUGGCGCAGAUGAAGCAGCUGGAAGCCAAGCAUGAGAGGGAGCUGAAGGAGAUGAACACGCGACAAGCCAAGAUCAGCGUGGAGACGAGCAAGGAGGUAGCCAACGAUAAGACGCUGAAGACCAAACAGGAGAAGGACCGGCGCCUGCGCGAGAAAAAGCAGAACAACACCAAGAAGUUCAUGGACGAACGAAAGACACAAACCAUCAAACAGAAUCGCGAAAAAGACAAGUUGAAAGCUACCCACGAUAAACAGAUGGAGGAACUGUCUAAGGACAUCGAUAAUCUGAUCGAGAUGUACAAAAUGGAGGAAUCAGAAUUUGAGAUGGCGAGCAAGACCGAGUUCUUUGCAUGAAAGUAUCCGGACAUUGCUCCGUUACUUGAGCAAUUGACGGGAACUGACUUGACAGUGAAGUGAUCUCCUUAAUUAUAACUAUACAUACUUAAUUAUUUAAAUAUAUUAGGCCGGUUGUCCAUUGGGACUGGCUUUCGCAGUGGAGAACUUUCCAGGGUCAGUUUCUUAAAAGUUCCUGGAAAGUUUCCAAUUUCUUGCGGCAAGUCGACUUCAGCAAGUUUUGCAUACUAAAAUUUGCAGAAAUUGACAGUUAAUCCGAUAGUGACAGCGACUUCUGCGAGAAAACUUGCCAGUGGACAUUCGGCUUUAUGAUGGAAACACAUUCGCAACACGCCACUCCACCCAGUCACUAAAACUGUUUUUUUUUUUCAGAGCCGAUUUUUCAACCGUCAAAUAACUUUUAUCUGAGGAACAGAUUUGAGGUAUUAGUUUUUGUAUAGGUAAUCUGUCAAAACGUCAUUCCUCAGAUAAAAGUUAUUUGAAAAUCGAAAAAGUUUGAUAAAUCUACCCUCAUUUAACUUUUCAGGCGCCAACCCUGGUGCCUAAAGGAGUAUUAGGUACUGAAAUAAUUAUAAUAAUUAUUAUUAUUUAAGUGUCGUGAGGUAACUUCACAGCACGUGGCAUAGGUAUCUACUGCUAUGCGACGCGUGGGGUGGCUUUUAAAAAAUGUGUUUCUACCCUACUUUAAAUACUGCGUAAUUUAGCAAUUCAUUAUUUAUUCGUAUGGAAAAUCUAUAUUUUUAGUGGUACUUUUAGUAUCUGCCUAACUAUAAAAGUUGGGUUUACGCAAAGUGCCAAAACAACCGUUUUUCAUUUAUAUUUUCACUAUUUAAUGACCUAAUACAAAAUGUAGGUUUUUUUUUUAUUUGAAAAAUAAAGGUUUUUUUUGCACUUUUAGAAUAAUUUUCGCAUUGUUUUGAAUUUGUAAAUUAAUAAAAAAUAUAACUUUUUAACAUCAUACAUGCAUAGUUUAAGACUUCUCUUGAUAUAUUUUUUUCUUAUAGCGUGAUUUAGGAUUUUGUUCUCUUUACGGGUAAAAGUAUAGAACCUCUUUAUUACCUAGUCACUGAUCGAAUAUUACUAUAGACAAUUUUGGUAUGUACUUAUUUUAAUUAUAUUUUUUGGGUUCCUUAGUGAAUCAAGGAACUCUUAUAGUUUUGUCAAGUAAUGUGCGUCUAUCUGCCUGUGUGUCACAGUCAUUUUAAAAACAAACUAUUAGUUGGCACAGUUAUAGAAAGUUGUUACUGUUACAUAGACAUAUUAUAAUAUACUGAAU